CCAGGAAGAAUGGUGGAGCCCGUACUUGCACCUCCAGGGUUUGAUUUUUCCGCCUAAUUCGCGCCUGCCUUCCUCAAGUGUGGGCCCCAUCGGGAAGAAACCUUGGCGUGACAGGGACAACCCCGACCUUGGAUCCCUGGGGAACAAAAUACAUGGCACAUUCCGCCCUCUAAUGGGACCGUUACCCAUAGAGGUUGAUCUUGAGGCCCGAGAUUUUGACGCUGCACAUGGGGCUCAUACUGCCAAACCGGGCACUCGGAAACAACGUGGUCGGACGCCGAUAUCCAGAGGCGUUACUCUGUUGAAGACCUGGUUGCAUUGGGGUUCCGUCACAUACCAUGGGAUGGGUUUAACUCCAUAUCCCCUCAUCGAUCCCUUAGGCCGGGUUAUCGGUGUUUUGGCUGGAACACCUGGUUCUGGCUAUGCAGAAGAUCUUCUCCGAGCUUCCGAUCUGAUUCUGCAGGAGGGUAAGCAGGCUGGGCUUGGUGCCGCUGCCCCCAACCCUCAUUACGCAGUUCAUUCCCAGCUUAUAACUGCGGCAUUACUAUGGGAAUGGGAAGCCCUUGCCCAGUUGCUCUCAACCCAAAGGCUUUAA